AUGGCUUCUUCACAGUCUUCACACUUCCCGCCCGUGCCAUUUUCCCUGACCGUCCCACAGCAGAGUUUCCGCCUGCUCGAGCUGUCGCCUGAACUGGUCGACGUUGUCGAGGCCCAGAGAGAUGCAGCAAGCAAGAGGCGGAGAUUGUGGUUCAAGGCUUCGUCCCGCGCUUCCGCUUCCGCUUCCGCAUCCACCUCCACCCGGCGGGAAUCCUCUCGAUCGAUAGAGGGUCGCGCAGGGGAAGCGGACAGGGAGGGCUUCCUGCAUUUAUGCUCCGACGAGAAGCUUUGGGCUGUCAAGCAGGUGAGCACGAGCAAUAGCGUGCAUAUCACGCAAUGGAUCUCGGCAGAGGAGAUGCAGAGGCAGCGGCAAGCGGACCGAGAUGGGGAUGGCGACGGCGAUACGCUCAUGACCGAGGCAGAAGAACACGCCAAUGGAGACGGAGAAGCGACCGAUUCCAGCGAUGCAGACAGGUUGGCCACCGCAAGCAAUGGAGGGAUCACGACAAUUGCCCAGGUGAAGAAUAUCCUCGAACUCAUCGAAGUGAAACCUGCGGAAGGCGAUGUAGAUGGAAUGCUGCGUGAGAUGGUGCCCUUCUGUGGCGAUGCAGAAAACGAGGAUGAUCAGCUUAUUGCAGGAGGUGUCAGUAUCGGUGCCAGUGGCGCACGACUGUCGUCAGGCAAUCAAUCCUCCUCAUUACUGCAUUAUGUCUUCGAGAACAUCCCCGCGCCGACUAAGACCAUCUUCGAAGCAAUGAACCGGCUCUUCGUCUUCGGAAUAUCAGUAUCGUCCGGACCCGUGGUGCAGGUCGCAGACUAUGGGCAACAACAUCAAGAACGCAGUGUCACGUUGUUCAUCCCGACCACGAGCCUCCUUCUCAAAUGCUGGAGGGUCUUCAUGCAGCAAUGCGCCAUCUCAGAAGUUCAUCUGGACGGACGGGCCGGUGUGGAGUGUACCGCCCUACAUGGAUUACUGGCGGAGAUAGUCGAUGCGAGUGGUUCAAAAUCCAACCCAGAAGCAGACCUGCAGACAAACGUCAUUGUCGCAAUACUACGACACCUCUCCCUCGACGCGGGUGACUAUGCUCGCUACGCAAGAGCCGACAACUUGUCGAUACCCCGUUUCCACCUUCCCCCAGAUUCCGAUCUCGAUCGAUUGCUUGAGGAAUUACCUGGCAAGGAUGAUGAUGCCAACGACGCGACCACUGCCGCUACGAGGGGACACAGCUCGAGAUUGAGACUUGACCCUGGCAAGACACGCGACCUCGUAGGCCAUUGGAUGCUGCGGUCUCUGCGCGGCGAUACACAACCCAUCAGCCUCGCGCAGUUCCUCUCCCAGUGGACGGAUCUGCUUCCCGAAUCAUGGACGCGAGAGUGUGAUGCCCGCGCCUUGGUCUCGGGCUCCCCUGAAUGGGAGAUCGGGGAGGAUGCACACGGCGAAGAGGUGCUCAGACGGUGUUUAAGUAGCGGCCGCGACGGCGCUUCGAAUGGGGUCCAGGCCGCACGUGUGGAAUCCCAGGCCCGCAAGAAGGGGAAAUGGCAUGAGAAAUUCGGGGCGCAGAGAACGGCUGCGCUGAAGAAGUGA